AUGCCUCUUAUCAGAGGAGUAUUACACUCAAAUAUGGUAGUAGUGGAACCGCCAUCUUUACUCGAGCGUGCAGAACUUACCCGACCAAUUCCUGAGAAUGCAAGAAAACUUGCACAUUUGGUGGAAGUGACGGAGAGACGAGUUGAAGUCGGGGAUCACAACGUUUUUUAUCGCGAAGCCUUGCCCCCGGAUAGCCAUUAUGCUAAAGCUGCAGUUGUUUUUCUACAUGGACAAGCCUACUCUUCAUCGACAUGGACAGAUCGAGGGUAA